AUGUCCUCUAAUACGAGACCCGCAACGCUGAACUCGAAGAAUACUCCCAAUAGAGCAAGAUCGAGUUCGGUAGUAACUAAUUGGAAAAAGCAAAAAUACAAGCGGUAUCGACCUCAUUUUCUACAACAAACGUCAAACCGUCUGGUUCCAUUACCAUCAGUGGAGUGUUUUCAACUCGACUACAUUUUGAACAAUGUACUUUCUCAAGAGUCAGAUCAGGUCAUCAACGACCUACUAAAUGUCACUAUAAACUUUCAGCAAGAUUUAAGGAAAGAAAUAAAAACCAAACUAUCAACUGAGCAGAAGAUUCAGCUCAAGAAUAUCACAAUAUGCAAGGAGGCUAAUAGCAUAAAUCAGAUUAUUCAUCAACGGAGGAAGAAAUUGAAGAAAGUGUUGACUUCCUCAAGUUUUGGUAUAGUUAAUGAUACAGGUGAAUAUGACGAAGGGGAGGUUAAUCACCUCUUGAAGAAAAGUAUAGAGGUUAGUGAUCGAGUCAAGAGCUCAAUUUCCAAGAUACGUGAUAUGGAGGAGAGACACAGACCAGGUCGUGAAAGUCUAGUGAGCAUCAAGAGAGAAAAGUACCCCAAUUUGUACAAUCUUUUGAGUAAACAGAGAAAAGAAGUGGAGAAUGACGGCAAUGUGGAAAAUGACGGCGUUAUCGAUAAACACCUGGAAGUCACCAAGAAUCCUGAAAACGGUGCCAAGACAUUGGAUGCGUAUGUUUCCGUGCAAGAGUCUCAAAGUGAGCAGAAGCAUGGUGGUACACAGGUGGAGGAGUCGCCUUUCCUUGUCAAGAAAGAAGAUGACAUACGGAAACGCCCCAAUCCAAGUACGGAUACCCCCGCAUCCCCCAAAGAUGAGAUAAUGGAUCCGUCCGAGUUCGAGCUAUUCAUGUCAAAUAGUAUAGUCAAGUACAGAGAACAACAAAACAAAAGCAUAAAAACCAUACAUACUAAAGGUGCUAGUAUAAACUCAUCACCAACGAAUUACAAAUCAGGUGGGAAUCCAUUGAAUCUUCUAUAUUCUCAACUAAUAUCCAAUCCAAAAUAUCUAGAUCAACACCAUUGUGAACAAAGUGCAUCAAAUUAUCCAUUCUCAUCAAUAUUAUCUAUGAAGUCAGCAGCAACGAUCAAAUCAACUCAGCAAAGUUCACAUUUCAAAAAAUUGAGAAUCAAUGGAAGCCCUCUAACAUCUGAACACUUUCGACGAGAAAGAGAAAAACUACAGCGCAGUGGAGAAUCCGAAGAGGAUAAAACUGCCCAAAUGUUGAAUGGUUUGACCCUCGAUCAAAAUGAUGAUGUUGAAGCUACUGACGAAAGUGAGGAUGUUUGGAACUCCUCAGGCAUGAAUACAGAAGACGAUGAGGAGCUGGAAUAUGGCGAAGAUGGUAAGAGUAGUCGGUUCACCACUGAAGGUGACGCAACAAAUUCAAAUGAUACCUCGUCGCUCUCAUCGUCAGAGCUAGAUUCUUCCGAUUCGGACUCCUUUGGUGAUUUAAUGAAUCUCCAACUCGCAUCCAACAGGUUCUAUGCGAAUUUGAGGAAGGAUGUGAAACAGAGGCGACGCAAUCAAAAGACCAAAAAGCCAGCGAACCAAAAGAAAUACAGAAUACAAGUUAAAGAAAUGUCGCCCACGCCAAAGCACCAGCCAUCGCAUCAUAUACUAAAACCAAAGAGCUCGAUUUUGAAAACGAAACCAACUUCUCCAAUCAAACAACGAUCGUGUUUGCAAGGUCCGAAUCUGGCUGUAACCAAUGAUUAUGACCAUGAAGUAAGUGCACUUUCCGAAGUGAACAAUGCAUAUGGAUCGAAAACUGACAAUUAUACAAGCUCUUACAAUGCAUGUGGGACCAUUGUUUUGAACCACGAUAGUAAUAGAGCACAUGGUGACCACAGUCUGAUCGGUGAUGGUGGUGUCGUAUCUGAUGGGGAGGGCAGUCCCCGCUCAAUAUCAAUUUUGAAAAGCUUUAUGCAGUAG